AUGGAAAAAGUCGCCACCACGCGGUUACCGCUGCCAAGGUUUUCGCCGCGCGCCGUGCUUAUGUACAGCGCGGCCGUGGGGGGCGAAGGCGUAGCGCUACAGCUGCGGGAGGCCACACCGGCUGAAAUCGACGCGAGGCUGGACGAACGGCUGGCAAUAGCCUGCCACGAACCUGAACUGCUCGCUGACUUGCUACACGCCGCUGCUGAUAUCGGCGAGCAUGAUGGUCUGACGGCUUUGCUGGGCGCUGCUUCUCCCGAACUGGCCUUGGCUUCCGACGCAUCUGACAGCCUACCAUUACCCGAUAAUGACAGGGGUAAGUGUAUAGCAACCACCAAUCCACCACCAACGAUAUUAAAAUAA